CUGAUGGGGACGAUGUUGGGUGUCCUAGAGAGCGUCGUGUGACGUCAUGUACGCGACACACGCGGCGGUCUUUCCUCUACUCUGCUUCCGCCCAACUCCGAGAACGAUACUCUUAAAGUUUAGUACACAAAGACCAGUCCAGUGGUUGAAUUUAUUCCGUAUUUCGAUAAAACAGUACAGAAGAAGUCAUGGAAGUCGCUCCAGUCGUGUCUAAAAGGCGUCUCCUUAAGGAGGAGGACAUGACGAAGAUCGAGUUCGAGACCAGCGAGGAGGUUGAUGUCACCCCCACCUUCGACACCAUGGGCCUGCGGGAGGACCUCCUCCGCGGCGUCUACGCAUACGGUUUCGAGAAGCCGUCAGCGAUCCAGCAGAGAGCCAUCAAACAGAUCAUUAAAGGAAGAGAUGUCAUCGCUCAGUCUCAGUCUGGAACUGGAAAGACCGCAACGUUCUGUGUGUCCGUUCUGCAGUGUCUUGACAUUCAGGUCCGGGAGACCCAGGCUCUGAUCCUUGCCCCGACCAGAGAGCUGGCGGGUCAGAUUCAGAAGGUGCUGCUGGCUCUGGGAGACUACAUGAACGUCCAGUGUCACGCGUGCAUUGGAGGAACCAACGUGGGGGAAGACAUCAGGAAGCUGGACUACGGCCAGCAUGUGGUCGCAGGGACACCUGGACGGGUCUUCGACAUGAUCCGGAGGCGGAGUUUGCGGACGAGGGCGAUCAAGAUGCUGGUUCUGGAUGAGGCAGACGAGAUGCUGAAUAAAGGUUUCAAGGAGCAGAUCUACGAUGUGUACCGCUACCUGCCUCCCGCAACCCAGGUGUGUCUGAUCAGCGCCACUCUUCCCCACGAGAUCCUGGAGAUGACCAACAAGUUCAUGACCGACCCCAUCCGCAUCCUGGUGAAGCGUGAUGAGUUGACUCUUGAGGGGAUCAAGCAGUUCUUCGUGGCCGUGGAGAGGGAGGAGUGGAAGUUUGAUACGCUGUGUGACCUCUACGACACGCUGACCAUCACACAGGCGGUCAUCUUCUGCAACACCAAGCGAAAGGUGGACUGGCUGACUGAGAAGAUGAGAGAAGCUAACUUCACAGUGUCAUCGAUGCAUGGAGACAUGCCUCAGAAGGAGAGGGAGUCCAUCAUGAAGGAGUUCAGAUCUGGAGCCAGUCGGGUGCUGAUCUCUACAGAUGUGUGGGCUCGUGGAUUAGAUGUACCUCAGGUGUCUCUGAUUAUCAACUACGACCUGCCAAACAACAGAGAGCUCUACAUCCACAGGAUUGGUCGAUCAGGUCGUUACGGCCGUAAAGGUGUGGCUAUCAACUUUGUGAAGAAUGACGACAUCCGCAUCCUGAGAGACAUUGAGCAGUACUACUCUACCCAGAUAGAUGAGAUGCCCAUGAACGUGGCUGACCUGAUCUGAGUUCCUGGCUGCGGUCAUCUUGGUUUCCUGUACUUUUUUUUAACCAGUAGUUGAGGAAAGUUUUCCCUUGAGUUGUUUUUUUUGUAAAUAAAGCUCCGUCAUCGACA